AUGUGUUUCGACACAGCAAUUGAUGGGCAACGGUACACUCAACGCAGAUUGGAGUUUGAAAGUAACACAAUAGCACCAUCAAUGCCGAAGAACGUGCCUAUCGAAAGACAUGCCUCGAAGUUAUAUACACAUACGCUACUUUUGGAGGUGCAAAAAGAGAUAUACAGAGGCAUGACAUUCUGCUAUAUUGCUUCAAAAAACCCAGAACUUGAUGGGGUAAAAAUUUAUACCAUUGUUCAUACUAACAGGCAGUACAAAGAUAUUAAUGAAUUUGAGGUCAGUUUUGAUACACGUGAUAGAUCGGUUUCAUUUUCGUGUAUGGGUUAUACGCGCCUUGGCUAUUUGUGUAGGCAUGCCUUUUGCGUGUAUAGAUACAAUCAGGUUGAUGAAAUUCCCGUUCAGUAUCAACCUGGUAGAUGGAAACGAGACAUAUUGCCAAGGAGGGUUUUUAGCAUGUCGAACACGUAUUCUGCCGAUACAGACGCAGAAUCUGUAUUCCGGAAUGAGAUUUUUGAUUUGGUCAUUGAGUAUACGAGUAUACUGAUCGUUUAA